AAUGAUGGUACUAAAAGCGUGUAUGGUGGCAAUUACAUUAUUCUUAUCGUUCUGUUAGGAUGAUUCAGAAUAUGAAGUGAAAAGCAAACCUAAAAGACAAACUUAUGAAGACCCAGUAUCUGCAGUUAUCUAUUGAAAGGAUCCAUAUUAAAAUCUAAUCCAAUGGUUGAAAGAUGGAAAGGCAGAGAUUUCAAAGGUGUAAAUUGAAGUAAAGAGUGAAGGUUAUAGAACAUUAAGAGCAACGCAAUUCAUUAGAUAAGGUGAAUGGGUGUUGUUCAUUCCACGAACUCACUAUUUAUCAUUGGAUGAAGUUAAAAAAAGUUGUUUGAUUAAUAGAAAGAUGAUUUAAAUCAAUUAUAAACCAAAUAACAUUCAAACCUAUUUUGUUAAUCAUUUAUUACAAGAAAAUAGGAGGUUUUUACUUAAAAAUAAGUAUUAGAUAAUAUUCAUUUUGGAAACCAUAUAUUGAUGUAUUACCAAAAGAUGUGAGUGGAUUUCCUACUUAUUUUGAUGCCGAAUAGGAUGCAUUAUUAAAAGGUUCUCCAACAUUGUUUACAGUGAUAAAUUAAAGGAAAGUAUUUAAAGAGGAAUAUGAGAAUUUAAAGGAAGCAGUUAAAGAGUUUUAAAAAUAUGGUUAUACUUAUAAUGAUUUUAUUAAAUUCAGAAUUCUAACAAUAUCUAGAAGUUUUACAGUAUAAAUAGGAGAUAAAGAAUAAUAAUAAUUAUUAGUUCCAUUAGCAGGUAUCUAAUUUUGAAAUUAUUAAGAUUUUAUUAAUCAUGAUAAUAAUGGAUUUUUAUAAUAUGGAUAUUCUAAAGAUGCAGAUGGUUUUUUUAUGUAAGCGGUUAGAAAUAUUUAGAGAGGGGAGGAAUUAUUUUAUAAUUAUGGUUAAUGGUCAAAUAAAUAUUUUUUUAUGAAUUAUGGAUUUGCAAGUUUAACUAAUCCAAUGAAUCAAUUUGAUUUUGAUAUUUGUUUGAAUAAAAAUGAUAGAUUAUUCAAUUUAAAGAUAUAAUUAACUAAAGGAAAUAUGUGUUGGGGAAAUAGAUUAGUAAAUGAAACUGAUCAUGAUACAUUUAGAUAAUCAUUAGCUACUGUCAGAUUUACAUAAAUAUCAAAAUUAGAUGACUUUUUAUAAUUAGAAGAAGAUGUUGAAAAAUUUAAACAAUUUUGGCCAGGAUGGCAUACUACUACAAAAACUAUUGAAUUAGAGAAGGCAACAUUUAAAGCAUUAAAAGAAUUAUUAGUAAUUGAAUUAGGGAAUUUUGCAAGUACAAUAGAAGAUGAUUAAAGAAGAUUAAAUGAUCCAAAAACACCUGAGUUUAGAAAACAUAUAAUAAUGUUAACAAUGAGAGAAAAAUAAAUAAUAAAAAAAAAUAUAGAUGUUUGUGAUUAAAUGUUAUAAGUGAUAGAUAAGAAUUCUGAAGUAAAUAUCCCUUAUUAUUAUUAUAAAGGAAUUAAAGAAUUUGAUGAAAUAUUAUCAAUAUAAAGAAAUAACAAGAUUUGUUAAUAGCUAAAUUAUUCCUAUGAAAAUAGAGUAAGAAGGCAUAGUAUGA